UGGAGAAGGGGAAGAGUCAGGGGUCCAAAGCAGGAAGUAAAAAAAGAAUUCUUUUUCUGCAUCUUGAACAAAAUGGGUGUGGUGGAGCAUUCAGGCAAAGUUCAAAGCUAUCACUUAUUAACCAAGCAAUGCCACAUUUAUGAUAUCUGAUAAAAAGACCUGCUGGGGGGGGGGGGGACAUGGCGUUGUUUUAUACAAUUAUAAAUAUAUGCCAAACACCUGUUUUUUCUUAUUCUUUUUGAAAAAGAGCCGUUCAUGUUUGGGGUGAGCUGAGGUGGUGAGCAAAUGGUUGUUCUGUUAGGAGGAGAGAAGAUGGAGGGGGAGAAGGAAGCUGAGCUCUCCCAGCAGAAGAAAAGAACAGUUGCUGGUUGUUGUCACAGCUGUAAAAAGUGCACACCCUUUGCCCCUCCCUAAAGAAAGGGGAAGGAGACAGGAGAAAGAACAGCUGAGAAGAAGAAGGAAAGGUAACCCCAGAACUUCUCCUUGAUUGACCACACCAUCUCCCUGCCCACAAGAGAAGCUAGUCUGGGGGCAUUUCCCUGCCUCUCAUUUCAACAAAGCCACAGACUCUUCCUCUAUCAUGGGCUCAUCCUCAUCCACGGAUAUCAGAGAAGAAGCCACAUGCCCCAUCUGCAAGGAGUAUCUGACAGACCCUGUGACCGUGGACUGUGGCCACAACUUCUGCCGGGACUGCAUUGUAAAGUAUUUUGACACAUGGGAACCAAUGCAGGUGGGGGACUUGGAGUGUCCCGUCUGCAAAGCCCGGAUGCAGAGAGGGAGUUUCCGCCCUAAUUGGCAGCUGGGAAAUAUAGUGGAAAAAAUAAAAUUCACGGCACCAAAUAAAGGGGGAAAUUAUCUAUGUAAGAGACACAAGGAAAAACUCCACUUGUUCUGCAAAGAAGAUGAAGAAUUGGUGUGUUUCGUUUGUGAGCGAUCCCCAGAACAUAAAUCGCACACUAUAGUUCUCAAGGAAGAGGUUGCCCAGGAAUACAAGACACUCAUCUGUGAUCGCCUGGAGCAUCUGAAGAAAGAGAGAGAGAAAAUUCUGGCUUAUGAAGCAAAAUUAGGGGAAGAAAGCAACAGCUUGCUUAAAUUAACAGAAACUGAGAGGCAGAAGACCAUGGAGAAGUUCAGACAACUGCACCAGUUUCUGGAAGAACAAGAAAAGCGUCUGCUGAAUGAAAUAGAAGAGAUGGAGAAGGAGAUCACAAGAAGAAGGGAGGAGCACCUGGCUAGACUCUCAGACGAACUCUCCUCUCUUGAAAGGAGCAUCCGGGAGAUGGAGGAGAAGAGUCAGCAGCCAGCGAGUGAACUCCUGCAGGAUAUUAGAAGAACUUUGCAGAGGUAUGAGCAAAAGGGGACAUCUGAAAAUCCACCGACUUUUCCAACAGAAUUGAAGAGGAAGAUCUCAAAAUUUUGGAUUGCAAAUCCCAUUCUAUAUGUUGAGAUGGAGGAAAUAAAAGAUGCUCUGUUAUUCGGACUGCAUCAGAAAGGAAAUGUCACUCUGGAUCCAGACACAGCCCACCCGAUUCUCAGCCUGUCUGAGGAUCAGAAAAGUGUGAGAUUGGAAAACAAGCCUCAGAUCCUGCCCAACAACCCUGAGAGAUUCAGCAACGGGCCUUGUGUGUUGGGACGUGAGGGAUUCACAGCAGGCAGACAUUUCUGGGAAGUCAAUGUGGGAAGUGAGCAAUAUUGGGUUUUGGGGGUCGCCAGAAGGUCUGUGAGGAGAAGGAGCUUACAUUCUAUGAGAGGCCACUUAGAUCACUUUCAUAUCUCAUCAGCUUUGAAAUUAAAAUAUGACAUAAGCCCUGAGGGAGGGAUCUGGGCUGUGGGGAAGUGGGAAUGCAAGUACUGGGCCUGCACCUCCCCGGAUUACUUUCUUCUGCCCCUGAGUGAGGAGCCCAAAAGGAUUCAAGUGUCUCUGGACUAUGAAGGGGGACGUGUGUCUUUUUCUGAUGCUGACUCAGGAGUUGAACUCUACACAUUCUCAGGAACCUCGUUCUCUGGGGAGACCCUUCUCCCUUACUUUUUUCUGUGGGGAUCUGAAACCCACCUCAGGAUCUCUAGUUAAGAGCAAAAUUGACAUCUUUGCAGGUGCCCUGUGAGAGGAGUCAUUCCAGUCACACUCGGAGGAAACUACAAAACAAAAUCUGGGAUUUUCUUUUCCCUUCCCUUUCCCAGAAUUCCCUCUGCAGUGGAGUCCUUAAAGAUAGGGAAACACUUUAACCAUCCCUAUAAACAACCUAUUCCUCAAAAGGAUUCACCCGCCACCCCCUGCGAUCCUGGUUCUGUUGUUCACCUUCCUCUCAUGACCAGACCUCCAAUGGUUGUUAAAAUGCCCACAUAAUUGCAUUAAUAGAUUACUGGAAAACAGUUCCCCCAGCCACCUUUGAAACUAAAGCUCCUAGUCUUGUGGAUCUCAGGCAGGAAGGAAAUACGAAGACUGUCUGUGAAGCCCCAACUUCCAACCCCUUGCAAAUGCAGCCUCCCCAUCUCCACAUUUCCUCAGAGAGAAAUCUCACUGAAUUCAGAGAUUAUGGGAGUUGUAGUUCAGCAACUUGGCUAUAUCUGCCCUAUAUAAUUCACAUGGAGUCAUUCCUGUGGCUCCCAACCUAAAUGUGGGAUAAUCCCCCAAAGAGGGUCUUUUCAGUAUUACCUGCAUCUUAUUUACCUCCCCCUGCCCUCGCUUUUAUUAAUUAUGGUUUAAUAUACUUGAAUUAUUGUAACUAUUUUGUUUUCUCUAUUGUCGAUUUUCAGUGUUGUUCAUGAGCUUAUGUUGAUUUUUAUGUUUUUACAUUAUUGUGGUGUUGGUACAGCUUUUCUCUUGUUGAUUUUUAAUCAGCUAUAUUUGAAUUUGUGAACAGCCCAGAGUGCAUGGUUAUAUGGGAGGUAUAUGAAAGCCCCCAAAAUGAAACCGUCUAAAAGAAAAGUUCCAAAACUUCCCUUGCAGGCUGUUGAAGGGCCCCUUCAGACUGGAGGGCUUUUGCCGGUGUUUGUUGCAAGAUGUCAUUGAUGCAAUAAUAGGAUUUAUUCUGGACCAUCUAUACAGCUGCUUUAGUAGCUAUUCCACUAUAUUUCCAGAAUGUUACCCUAUUAUUGCCAUUUGGAGGGGCACUCUUGGGCUGUAAGGGAAUAAAAGGGGACCAAAAGAAAAACCUACAACAGAACAUUACUGGUAUGAAAAUUUAUAGGAUUUCAGCAGGAAGUGACAGGACAUGGACUGAUCAGAAAAGAAACAGUUAUGAAGACUGCAAAGCUUUGUGGGCACAAAUAGUAUUAAAACUGGGAUUGCAUAGACUUCCCAGAUAGCAUAAUGCGCAGAAAUCAUCACAAAUACACAAUAAAAGGAAUAUGCAUAAA